AUGGAUAAUGAGAUGUCCCAUGUUCAUGGUGGUGGAAUACCAUCUCCAUCUGGUUGGUCCACCGGUUUUUCUCAAACUAAUGAUCCCUUCGAUGAUAAUUCGGAACAACAAUCGAGUUCGACGUUUCCCCAAAUGAUCCCCGCUCCGAAUUUCGUCCCUGAGCCCUGUAUUAUUGGGCAGGGUGGAGGGCAAACUGAUAGUAACCAGUUCGGCCCUGAGAUGAGCCAAAUGCUAGAUGACCCGUUUAGGAAUCUCGGCCAUCGACGCGCCCAUUCCGAGAUUCUGACCCGUGCUCACAAUGGCAUCAACUUCGAUGGUGAUCUCAGUGCUCUGGGGGGCGGUUUCCAGCCUUUCUUUUGUGAUGAGAACGAGGAGCCCGACUUGUAUGGCAUAUACUUGGAUAUGAAUAGACUUAAUACAUCGUCUGCUAUGCCACCUAUGUUUCAGGUGGGAGAACCAUCCUCUGCGGCUGCUGCUGUUCUCCCUCCUCCUCUUCCUCCUCCUUCUGCUGUUGCUGCACCUUCAGCAGGCGAGAGACCCAGGGUGAGGCACCACUACAGUCAGUCGGUGGAUGGGUUGAUGACUAUCAACCCGGAAAUGCUCGCUUCAAGCUCCGAGGGGCCCUCAGGAGUGGAGAGAAAGAAGGCUCUUUCGUCUGCUAAGCUCGCCGAGCUGGCCUUGGUCGACCCGAGGCGUGCCAAGAGGAUCCUGUCGAACAGGCAGUCGGCUGCGAGGUCGAAGGAGCGGAAGUUGCGUUACAUUGCGGAGCUCGAAAGGAAGGUGCAGACCCUGCAGACUCAAGCCACAUCACUGUCUUCUCAGUUGACCCUCUUGCAGAGAGACACAACCGGUCUGAGCAGCGAAAACCAUGAGCUGAAGUACCGGUUGCAAACUAUGGAGCAACAGGUUCAAUUGCAAGACGCACUGAACGAUGCGCUGAAGGACGAGAUCGAACAUCUGAAGGUGCUGACUGGCCAGGCCAUGCCCAACGGUGCACCAGCCAUGAUGCAUUUGGCUCCUUUUGCACCACGCCCGCUGUUUUAUCCUCCUAACAACAGUGAGCCGCGCCCUGUUAUGGCUGCGCAGCAGCUUCAGCAGCUGCAGAUUGAGCCAUCGGAGCUGCAGCGUCCAUUUCAGGUUCAGUAUCAUCAGCUGCCUCUUCAACUUCAGCCGCCACAGCUGCAACAACCAACCGGUGACUUCAGCUUUCGUGGGCCCGUGCACUUGGCGAUCCAGGGUGACAACCAUGCUGCGGAUAAUUCUUCUACUAUGAGGAACUGAGCAAAAGCCCAUGGCGCUACAGCACAUUCAAAGACUCGAUAUUUUUCUUUGUGGCGCUGUAGCACGUACAAAGACUCAAUAAUUUUCUGUCGUUAUUUUCGGAUAUUAUCGUA